AUGCUUGCUUCAUCUAAAUCAGGGCGACUUCUGAAAGAUCAGUAAACUACAUCCCAGAAGAGCCCUCUUCAUACUCGCUACCAAAAAAGAACAACUAGAUGUUGGCUACACUAGUUGGCUGUGAAAUUGGCGGUUGUCGGUUGUAAAAGUGUAUUUCCAGUUUUUUGGUGGUGGAAAUUAUGUCUUGCCAGAAGAAAAUAUUGAAUUUUUUUAAACCUUUAUCUCCGAAAAGGCCUUUAUUAAAUGUUACCGACAAUAUUGAAAAUCAACCUAAUAAGAAAUUGAAGCCAGAGCCAGAUAUUAAUGGACAGAGAGAAGACUUCACGUCGGGAGGGAACAAUAAAGAAAUCGUUGGAAACUCGCCGUUUUUUUACAGCUAUGUCCGGGCGAAAAUUAAGUUGACUUCAAAACGAUUUCCAGCUUUGCAUACGAACAUUGGAGAGACUUGGUUCCAAGCAUUAAGCCCAGAAUUCGGGAAACCAUAUUUUGCAAAGUUGAGCCAGUUCCUUGUGGCUGAGAGGGCUUCUCACACUGUAUAUCCACCCGAGGACCAGGUCUGGACAUGGACACACAUGUGUCCGGUCUCACAAGUGAAAGUUGUGAUUCUGGGACAGGAUCCAUACCACAAUCCUCAGCAAGCUCAUGGUCUGUGUUUCAGCGUUCCUGCCAGAGUCCCCCCUCCACCAAGUCUGCUGAACAUGUACAAGGAGCUGAGCCGUGAUAUUCCUGGGUUUGAGGCUCCAAAUCACGGCAACCUCAUCGGGUGGGCAAGACAAGGUGUGCUGCUGCUCAAUGCAUGCCUCACAGUCAGAGCGCACAAUGCCAAUUCACACAAGGAUCAAGGGUGGGAACAGCUGACUGAUGCAGUCGUGAAACACAUCAGUGACAACUCUCGAGGUGUCAUCUUCCUGCUGUGGGGUUCUUAUGCGCAGAAGAGGGCGGCUGCUGUUGAUAAGAUGCGGCACCCGAAGAUUACACUCGUGCCAGCGAGAAUGAAACAUCCGCCUCCAGUCUCGACACUUGUUUUAAGAUUCAGCUGGAACCUGCCGAGUACUACGUACAAGACAAUGUCACCAUGGCUGUGUUUAUACCGGCACACAACAGAACUUUGCAGCUGCAAGAGUACAGGAUCGGCAACGACAGCAGAUUGACCAUGUGCUUGCCGGAGUUCGGCGCAGACGAUGAAGAAGAGUAUUCCCAGGGUCUGGGGUACAUCACUUUGGUGGGGCUUAGCCUGUCAAUAGGCUUCCUCAUACUACACCUCUUUGCAUUUGGCUUGACUCCCAG